AUGUCCAGGAACUCGCGAGGGUACGAGAGUUGGAGCUCGGUUGUUCAGCACCACCGAUGUCGUCGGCUCCGUUGUCCUGCUCCAUCGAUCUGCCCACGGAUACCAUCGGAGACCAGUAUUUGGACAACAUGAGGUCUCCCGAGAGCGCCGGGUCGCUUUUGUCGGUACAGUCUGCGCCACCGGAACAGUGCGAGCGUCCUGCCAGCCUCUUGCUUGAGUUUCCGUUAGCCAAUCAAGUGGGCGCGUACCUCUCGGCCAUGUCGCCCACCGAGCAAGAAGAAGAUUCCCUGCUGACGUUGUCGUCGGUCACUGCCCGACCGCUGCUGGCGGCCUCGAGAAAGCUGCGCGCGCCGCCUUCGACCGCCGA